UAUACUGUUCUAUUACGAGUACGAAAGCUGCAAUAAACCGUCCGGAGUAAUACUGCUGGAAGGCAGUUACUGCUCGAAAUUAGAUUUUUCAAGCGGUACGUCAAAAGUCACUGGGAAAAUUCAUCCAGAAAAUGAGCACUGUUUCGUCAUUUCAUACAACCAUCCUCAAAUGCGUCAGUACGAGUUCCGCGCGUCGUCAGAUACGGCUUGCAAGACUUGGGUGAACGCUUUGAAACAAGCCAGUUUCAAUAAAUUGCUGUUACAAAAAGAAGAGCUUGAACAACGGCACUUGCAUUUGCUACAGGUCGUCGAGAGCGAGAUGACUGCGAAAUGGCAAUAUGCCCAACAGGUCGAUGAGUCGGAAUCAGAAAUCAAAAAACUACGAGCAGAAGUGUUAACAUUAAAGAAGGAGCUGCGACCGUUGACAUCGUACAGCGGAUCCACCACCGGGUCGUUCGACGCUGGGACGACGGGCACGUACUCGCGAAGACAAUCCAAGGACAGCUUCAUAUUCUCGGACCCGGCCACCUUCAAUGUCCAGGACUCGAUCGAGAUGCGAAAGAUCAAGAAAGUGCAGAGUUUCUUUAGGGGAUGGCUGUGCAGGAGGCGAUGGAAACAAAUCGUCGAACAGUACAUCAAAAGUCCUCACGCCGAGAGCAUGCGCAAAAGAAACAGUCUGGUUUUUCGCAUGGUCGAAGCCGAAGAAGAGUACGUGAGCCAGCUAGAGGUGUUGGUCACGUGUUUCUUACGCCCUUUGCGGAUGGCGGCCAGCUCGAAAAAGCCGCCGUGCACUCACGAAGACAUAAGUUCAAUUUUCCUGAACAGUGAGACAGUGCUGUUUCUGCACCAGAUAUUCUACAAGGGACUAACGACUAGAAUGGAAAAUUGGCCCACUCUAAUUCUAAGUGAUCUCUUCGAUAUACUACUACCCAUGCUGACAAUCUACCAGGAAUAUGUGAGAAAUCAUCAUUACAGUUUACAAGUGUUGACCGAAUGCAAACAAAACCCUGCAUUUGUUAACCUUUUGGAACGAUUGGAAAACAAACCAGCAUGUCAUGCACGGUCAUUGGAAAACUUCUUAAUAGUGCCAAUGCAUCAGAGUUUUGGAAAAGUCAACGAUUUAAGCAGACAAAUUCAUGACGAAGUUAGUGAAACUGAAAAUUUGCGAAAAAACCUUUCAAUCGAACGAAUGAUUAUCGAAGGCUGUGAUAUUCUACUGGAUGUCAAUCAAAUAUUUGUCAGACAGGGUACUCUGGUACAAAUGCCAAUAGCUAGAAAAAAAAGCAGAAUACCCCAUUUCAAAACUGAAAAAGAAGCAAUAAGACAAUGCUUUCUAUUUACGAACCACAUGAUAAUCACAACUAGGACUACUAGUGGAAAAUUACAUUUGGCACCUGAAGUCGGAAAAAUAUCUUUGGCAGACUGCCGUUUAAUUGAAGACCCUAAUGAUAAAGAGGACGACAAUAACAAUCCAGGAGACCUGGAAAUUCCAGAUGGAAACAACGAAGCUGACGAUUCAGCGGGCACCAGUCAUUCAAGUGAUGUUGAGAAUAGCGAUUGUGAAGGUUUAAAAUGUUCAUCUAGUCCAAGUCCAAGUCCUAGUCCAAAACCACAAAAUUAUGAUUUUCAACUUUGUGUUGAUUGUAAAUCGUCUUCGCCUAUUGCAGUUCAUUUGUAUGCACCCUCUUUACAAGAAAAAACUGCGUGGGUCAGUGAUAUUAGUCAAUGUAUUGAAAACUUAAGAUUUGAUGCAAUGCUUCGGAAUUCAAUGUCAGAUACAUCUUCUGUGACAAUGCCAAAUUCGAUGCGUGAUCCAAAGCUUUUUAAAGAUGACAAGGAUAUCAAAUUUAGCAAAUACUACAAUUCCUGUAGGAUUCCGCGUAUUCACCAUGCUACAAAAGAAAAACUGAUAUCUAGACUUGUGGAUUUAAGAUUUUUAUCAAUAGAUUUUCUGAAUACAUUUCUUCUUACGUACAGAGUAUUUACUGAUGGAGUUACUAUUUUGGAAGCGUUAAAAAAGGUGUUUUAUAACAAUGAUGUAKAUGCAUAUGAAAAUAGCGGACAACCUAUAAAUAACACGUCAUUAGAUCGCAGUGAAUUGCACAACAAUCAUCAUCUCACCACAGGGGAUAGAGACAGAAGACCCAGCGUCAUUUCAUCAACCCGAAAGAAUAGUGGCGCCAGUUCUGUAUCCGGCUACGGAUCAGAGAUCAGUGACCGAGAUAGAAGUUCCAGCGUGGAUUAUCAACAUAGUCCGAAGGGAAGAAAAUAUAGUUUUCGAAAACUUGAAGAAGAGGAAAGAAAAAAUAAAAUUAAAGUGUCUGAAGAAUACAAUUCAACGACUAGUUUAUACCAGCAAUCCUCCCCGGGACGAAAAGUCAGCAUACUAAUCGAAGACACAGGUGACAAUUGUCAUUUAGCCCCUCCUACUAUGGUUAAAGCAACUUCAUCAUCUAGUAAUGAGACUCUGACUGGAGAUAACCAACCAACAGUAGUUGCAACAUCUCCAUGUAGCAAUAAUAGUAGUUCGACCUUAGUAGCUACGACUUCUAACUGUGAGAAAAGUGUUAAUGAAAAUAAAAUCAGUAGUUUGCCAAAAGUAUCUCCACCAGAACGUAAAAUACAAUCGCCUUCAAAAGGUUUCCCCAUUCACCAUGGACAUGCGAUUAAAUUUGGGUCCAUAAUAUCAGAUGCAGCUAAAGAACUCGUAGAAAAAUUUCAUUCUGAAAAGCAUUUUUCCACUCCACAACCACGUAGGAGGAGUUGGUUYAAUCAUGAUUGUACUCCAACCAUAAGGAAAAAGAGUUUUGGCGUUUGCGAGGACGAUAUGGGUGGCACUGAUGAAAACGGGUGGCUCAGUAACUUGCAUAGUGCAUCAUCAUCAAGAUCAGCUUCACUUGCAAACUCUAGCAUUGCACAGUAUUUCUCUAGAAGAAAAUCAUUUGCAUGCGCUGGUGAUGCUGAUGGCUGUUACAGUGGAAGYAUAUCACAGAGAGCUAGCAUGCAACACGAUAGCCCUCCACUGUCUAGUCGAGUCGGUGUUGUAAUUACGUCAUCGAGACAAUCAAAAAGAAGAACUGGAAGACCGGAGUUUGGGAGCAGCACAUCCACUGCUGCUGCUGCAUUUGCUAUCGCAACGUCAGCUUCGAGUAACCCCCGAGAACUCUCUCCAUUACACGAUCAAAGAUGUUGUUCAGUAGAACGAAAAAGAAAAGAAUCUGUUAUGUCCACGGCAGCUACGAUGCGGGUGUUAAAUGUUUUAAAACAUUGGAUAUCAAAACACCCACAAGAUUUUGAAAAUGAAACACGUCUUAAGAACAUGACUAUAGACUUUUUGGAAGACAUACUCUUUAGUCCCAAUCUUUUACCGGCUGAGCACAAAAUAGCUGGACAAUUACUYAGAUUGCUUACAAUGGACGAAACAAAAAAACCUUCUGUCGACCUUAACUUGCUAUUGACUCCAUCUCAGAUGUCUAGUUCUGAAAAUAUAGACACAUUAUCUGCAUUAGAAAUUGCUGAACAAAUGACUUAUAUUGAUCAUCAAAUAUUUAUAAGAAUACAAAGCCAGGAAUUUUUUGGCCGAGCUUGGAUGAAAGAUGACAAAAACAUAAAAGCACCCCACAUUAUUUUGAUGACCAAGAGAUUUAACGAGUUAUCACAGCUUGUCGCUUCGGAAAUAAUGCGUAAGAACAACGUGGCUUCAAGGGUGAUAGCAAUAGAAAAGUGGGCUGCAGUGGCCGACAUAUCUAGGUGUYURCAUAAUUUUAACGGAGUCCUACAAAUAUGUUCGGCUUUUACCAAUAGUUCGGUGUUCAGAUUGAAGAAAACAUGGGAGAAAGUUUCAAAAGCUACAAAACUGUCAGUACAAAAACUUCAGAUAAUCGUCUCGUCUGACGGAAGAUUCAGAAACCUUCGUGAAGCUCUGCAUAGAUGCGAUCCACCGUGUAUUCCGUACUUAGGGAUGUACCUAAGUGAUUUAUCGUUUUUAGAAGAAGGAACUCCCAGUUUGGCAGACGACGGUUUACUUAACUUUUCAAAAUUACGCAUGAUCGCGCACGUGGUACAGGAAAUCCGCCGGUUUCAGCAGACUCCGUACAAGAUCGACUUCCACCCUCGGGUGGCCAACUACCUGUUGGAUACGUCGCUGCUCUUGAACGAGGACGAGCUGUACACCAGGUCCUUGGAGAUCGAACCCCGACCGUCCCGGCUCAGCAUCACGACGCUGUCUAACUCACCGCACCACGGCGGAAGCAGCCAAUGACGGCGGUUCAGCGCCAAGAGGAAUCAGACUACGUGCUUCAAGUGAACAACCGAUGCGACCGACCCCCGCCCGCAGGCGACGGCGGCGAGCGAGUGCGACAGUUCAGCAUGAUAAUAAUAAUAAUAAAUCGCAAUAAUUAAUAAUCGUCUUCAAUAUUAUCGUUACCCGGCGAUAUUACCUCUGAUGUAAUCAUUAUUAUCGUACGGUGACGAACGCCUAAACAAUUAUUAGCAACGAGUCACUGCGGGUGGUGCAGACGGAGAGGGAGGAUCAGCUGUCUUCUCGUCUCUGACGACAAUCACAUCACCCUACCGCGGUCGCAACUGUUUUCUCGCAACCGCCGCCGCCCCUGUCUCCUCGGAAGGAAUCUUAUUAUAUUCACAGUGACGAGCAAGUCUUUUGCACGCGAUCGCCGAAUACAAUACAUCAUCAUCAUCAUUUUUAUUAUUAUUAUUAUUAUUAUUAUUAUUAUAUAAUGUCCUUCCGGCGGGCCGUCCCGCUCAGUUUACUUAUGCACAUCGAGUAGAUAGGUAGGUAGUACCUAGGUASCUAAUACCUACAUACAUUUCCGCUUGGCCCAUUUGACUCUAUACUGCGCCAUCGCUAUCAGCUGCUUCAAAUUUUUAUGCGUUAUUUAAAUCGAAUGUGUUCACGGUAUUCAUUUCGUGCUAUUUAGUUAGUCAUCACUUGGUGUACAUGUUCAACGACUAACGACAUGAUGACUUCAUCGCCGUGUCAUACUUAUACAAUUUUUGUCGCCUUAAUUUUUUUUCUUCGAAUUUUUUCGUAAUUUUGUCUUCCAGACGUUGGGAAAAAACCACCGGCACUGCAAUAGCGACRAUAUAGAUUUAUUAAAAUGCGUCGUACCUACGCUAACAAUAUUAAUUUUGCCACAUUGGCAUUGUUACCCUAUUCGUAGAAUUUUUUUCUGUUCRUUUAUUUUUCUUUUUUUACAGACACGGUUAUUAUGAUAUCUGUUUUUGUAAAAACAUCGUAAGUACGUUUGGUGAUUCGGAAGCAAACAAAUAGAAACAACACGUACGAGCGAAUAUAAUAUAGACACGAAUUUGUGUGAUUUUUAUAAUUUGUACCUAGGUAUAGGUAUAGGUAGUACUGUUAUUAUAAUCAGUUUUUCGUGAUAAAUUUUCAAAGCGUUAGAUUAUACUUAACCGCCCACGACGUCAAAAACCRGAUGAUUAGACAAAUAUAGGUAUACGAAAAUAAAAAAUUAUGGAACUGAACAAUCAAAAUAUAUUUUAGACUUUAGAACAAUUUAUCAUAUUUAGAACACAAUAGAAUACUAUAAUAUGCGCCCCCUGACUUCGAUUAUAUUUCAUUCGUCGUCAAUCCGUUAUAGUAACAUUUUUGCUGUUUUUGCUCAGACAAUUAAUAUCAAAAAUAUGUUUAUUUCCAACUCGAAUCGCAUGCCUACACUGUUCGAUUGGUUUUGAUAAAAUUUCCGAAUCUGUGUGAGUGUGUGCGCGCACAUGCGUGAAUGUGUGUGUGUUUUUUUUCCAAUUUCUAUAAUAUUUAGUUACCUAUAAAACCUAUACGUACGUUGUGUUGAAUCGUUAAAGAUAUAAUAUAUAUAUAUAUAUUUUAUUUUGAAAAUUACCACUUAUAUAAUAAUAUUACUUUAAAUGAGGAUGUCAGCGCAAUAUUUAUUUUCCCUCUCGUGAAAUAUAGAUAAAACGUUUUUACCGAAAACCCCUUUUUUACGAUUUUUGAAUAACCUUUGAAUAAAAUAACCUAUUGCAAAUAUAUUAUAAACGAUAAUAUUUUUGAGAGUAUGACAUAUUGGAUUUACAUUUUAUUUUUAUUUGACUAAGUAUUCGACUUUUAAACACGAAUAAUUUUUUGUAAAAUUAAAUUAUGUUUAAAUUGUUUUGAGACAUGCAAUACUUAAACAAAUCGAUAUGUMAUCCCGUCAAAAAUAUUAUUCUCUAUCGAUUUUGAAAUGGGUAAUUUUACUCUUAAGGUUUUUCGAAAACAUAAAAAUCAAAAUUUUUCGAUGUAAAUGCAUUUUGUAUAUAUUGUGCGUGUGCCUGAAAUGGAAAACAAACAGUGUGCUAACAUCYACUUAUAUUUAAGGAGAUGCGUUUGAUUAUUAUUUAUGUUUAUUCGUUCUCAGUCAUUCGUUGGUGGGUUGCCCAAAAGUUUAGUGGGUUUCGUUUUUCUUGAUAAACACGAAAUAAAUGAUUAUAAACAACACCCAAAUCCAAAUAAUCGAGCGWUGUCGAGAAGGAGAAACAUUUAUUUUUCUAAACUUUAAGUAGUACCAUUAAAUGACGUACCUAUGCCCUGUUUUUUUCCCAAUUGCCAAAUUUUUCUCAUUAACUAUAGGUACGUAACUAAUAAAAUGAUUAUAUGACAAUUUAUUUGUGUGAUACGAGUUUCUUUCAUAUUUACUCUUCUUUUUCUAUAUACUAUG